AUGCAGUUUAGUGUAGAGCAGAUCCGUAGCGUGCGAAACAACUAUCUGGACCCUCCUUACCCGGGGUUUACACUCGAUGAAGUUUGUCGGCGCCGUCGCGCGACACAAACCAAACUUGUACGUGGCGAGAACGCAUGGAAAGCCAAAGGAACAGCCCAGACUACUGAAGAGUGGGUGUCACGACUUGUGCAGGGCUCUCUCAACAAACUCAGCGAGCGAAACUUCGACGAAAUUAUGCGCAAAUUGCGCACUAAGGAGCUUUUUUCAACAAAUGGUAUCUUAACUAAUGUGGUGAACUUAAUUUUUUACAAGGCGAUUGAUGAGCCAGUAAACAGUAAGCUGUAUGCCGCAGUAUGCUUUAACCUGGCGAAGUACGAGGUGGCAUUGAACGACAGCGACAACUCCCGGCCAAAAUCCGAGCUGCGUAAUGCGAUUGUAGCGACAGCGCAACGAGAGUUCAAGGAAUUGCGUCGGAGUGAGGAUAAGGAUGACAAAAACCUUUCCGAAGAGGCACUGGAUCAGCUGCGCUCAAAUUUCAUGCGUCGUAAACGUGCCAAUAUUCGUUUUGUUGGUGAGCUCUGCCUUAACGGUGUACUUUCUCACACCACGAUCUUUAGCAUCUUCGAGGUGAUUAUGAGAGCAGCAACUGAGGGCGGCUUCCCGGAAAGUGAAAAUAUCGAAAUCAUUUCUGAGCUGCUCCACACUAUUGGUGAGUAUAUGGACAAACAAGAUAAGAAGCGAAUGGAUCACUAUUUUGAGCUACUCGCAGGGUUGAUAAAGAAGUCGGAUAACCCUUAUCCACACCGAAUUCGCUUCAAAAUCAUGGAUGUGCUAGAUCUGCGUAAGUCGGCAUGGGGCACAAAGCCGAAGCCGCAGCAAACCGUUAAAUUUUCAGCUGGUAAUGCCGCAGGCAAGGGUGCCACGCCGCCCCCGGUAGCCUCCAAGAAGUCAAGUGAAGGCAGGGUCAGCGAGUCUGGGUCAAAGAGCUGGAGAGAUGUGGCGUCUUCAAAGCUUGCUGUGGCACCCUCUAGUAGCGCACCCAUUAAAAUGUCGACUUCGACUUCAGGCACAAAGCAUCAAGCCGCAGGCGCACAGGGCGGGAAAGGCGCUGCCAAUGCCCCCUCACCGGCCGCUGCAGCCAUUGAGUUGCCCUCUGCGGACGCCAGCGCAGUCACCCGGUCGAGCAAAACACCAAUGGUUAAGUUUGAGCUGCGUGUCCGCUCACUCCUUCAGGAGUGGGUCUCAGAUUACGCGAAUGAUUUUGUACCACAAUGGAUUAAUGAAUUUAACAACUGCGAUCGUACAUUUGCCUCUGAUGGGGAUCUUUGCGUGGCUGUUGCAGUGCAGGUGAUUACGGAGGCGUGCAUAACCACGCGUAAGGAGGCACAACGUGAGGCAUGCAGCUUCUUGAUCGUUGGAUUGUACCUGAUGGAUGAGGAGAUGUUGCGAGGGUUUACUGGAGCACUCGCCUCGGCUAUUGAAGAUGGGAUACUCGAGGAUGUGCCAAAGUUUCCCGAACGCUUUAUGCAUAUGCUGCGUUUGACAUCUUCGGAAAAAGAGAUCAAUGCGGAUGUGUACUAUGAUGCGGCGAACGUUCUUUGUAUGGCGUUCAAUCAGCUAGAUGACACUUAUGAGUCAAAUGUGGAUACCCUACUAGACUUCUGGUCUAAGGUGCCACAGCCAACUGCUGAGGAAGAGGCGGUAAAUCUUGGGUUUCCAGUCAUCUAUUCUCUAUGUGAGCCCAAAGAACCCAAGGAGGGUCUCGAUAAGCUACUUGGGGCCAUCAUUUUUUCAUUACGCCAGAUGGGAAUUGUGGAUGCAGACACGAGUGAGGAGCUUCUCAAUACAGAGGUGCCAGACAACGUAUUCUACAAUAAGGUCACACAGGAAUAUCGACGCCUGGUAACGAAGAAUGAGAGCGGAUAG